AUGCUAAAAGAGCCGAGAACGAAACCCAUUACUCAUCCUUACGAUCGGAUUACGUUUCAUGUACUGGAUGACCUCGGCCCGUUGAAUUUCCUCAAUGGAUUAAAGGAACUGUCGCUGGACGGCAAUCCGUUGACAUUCAACGCCAACUACGUUCUCUACGCCGUCAGCUCGAUUCCGUCGCUUGUUCUCCUCGACCAAAAUGUCAUCUCUUCCGGGCUGAGAAACGAAGCCGACAAUUGGGCGUCUCACCGCUCGCCGGGCAGCUCGGCCGGCAGUCAGAUGGACAAAGUCAACCCCAUCGUGACCGUCCAGCACAAGGGAUCGGCUUCCGGCGUUGGAAUCGGAGCCAUGAAGAGCUCUGUGAUGCCCAGCAAGUUCCACCAGCGGAAUGUGGCUGUCGUCCGGCCAAUGAACGCCCAUCAGCAGUCGACGGAACAGACGGACCAAGAGCAGCAGGACCAGCAGCAGCAGCAGCAGAUGAGCGAAGGUUUGGUGGCCCAAGUUGUCCCUCUCGUGACGGAUCCGCCCCGUCCGACUGCUGGCCCUUCGGCCUCGGCCAUCAAAUCGUGUUUGGUCAGGAGCGGUGACCAUCCCAGGCGCAAGUCCUUCCGGCAGAUUGCUUUCUCCGCCAUGGUGUGCAACGCCGCAGCGCCUCGUCCGGCCGAUGACAGCCAAGACAAGCCAUGUCAGCCCGUCUUCCGGUUCAGUCUUCGCCCACCCACGGCCGAAUGGAACGAGAAAAUCGAACUGCGGACGGGCAAGCGGAGCAAUAACAGCGCCGGCUGCAGCAGCAGCAGCAGACGGCGGGAUCGAUCGCGGACCCUCGACUUCGAAGACUCUUCUAGUUCGUGGAAUUCCGACGACUCGGACGACUCGGACACGGGAUCCACCGUGUCGACACCACAGUCGAGGAAGCCGGCCGCCUCCCGGCUGCCCAGUCGGGUUUCAACUGCUCCAACCGCAGGAGCGACGGCCACGGGAUUGACUCAUCGCAACAGCGUCUCGUCCGUUCACAACAAGUCGUCGGCCCUUGCGACGACGGCCAACCAGAAACUCAGUGCCACCAUCGGGAUGAACAUCAAGGAGCAGUUGCGCGACUUGAGGAUCAUCGUCGGCGAGGAGGAGGUCCACAUCACCGGCCUCAACAUUGUCCGGAUGCUCCAGAACAUGCACUGGUCGCCGGACGAAGUCGAACUCUUCCACACGGUCGUCUUUUACGGCCUGAGUUUCGACCAGUUGGGUCCCCAUUACGGGUCACUCCGCAAGCUGUUCCCCAAUCUGCGUAACUUUGCCUUCCGCAAAGUGGCCAUCCCGCCCACUUUGCGCCAAAUUAACGCCCUGGCCAAGUUGGAGAGUCCCACGUGGUUUCGCUGGACUCUGACGGUCGAGACUCUGGCGCCGGCACCGGAGCCUCUGAGAGCCGCCUGGAAACUGUACGCCACGUACCGACUGCAUCCCUUUGGGCUGGAACAGAUUGACGGAGAGCAGAUCGGACCCGACGACCUUGCCAACGCCGAGGAUCACUACGACUCGCUGGACGCUCUGGUGACGCUAACGGCCCCGUCGGCGGCCAUUCGCAGACAGUUCGAUCGCUUCUACGAGGCCGGCCAGACCUCGUCGUCGUCCUCUUCAGGCUCCUCGGACGUUAGCGUAGCCGCUGGGAGCGGCCAGCAACAGCAGCAGCAAUCCCGCGAUAACGAAUACGGCCUUUUGAUGAGGAAGCGGGCCAUUCGUGCCAUUUUUCAACCCCUCAAGGAAACGAAGCAUUUACGGAACCGGUCAGCCCAUUUGAAAUACAUCGCCGAGUACGGGAUGGAGGUGGCCAUCAAGCUGAGCUUUCUUUCCCAAAACUGGGAACGACUUUUGAGCGACAUGGUGGAGACGGCAGGAGCCCAAGUGUUUGACGAAGCCGCGUAUAAAAGGACCAAGAUGGCUGAAAUCAGAACCAACAAGUGA